AUGUUAGUAUUCUUGUUGGUCUGGGGUGUUUUUAGUGGAGUUGCAGCUUCUGCAACUCCGACCGAUAUUAAUGCGAGUUUCUUUUACCUUACGCUCGAUUCAAAUGCGACCGUCACUUAGGUAUGCUAGCCAUGAAAUAUUACGAAUUCACUCAUUUUAGAGCAAGCUAAUGCGUCAUAGUUUCAAAGUGUUCAAGUGGUUCCUCCCGCGUCAAGGGCACCAGUUAUACCAGGCAAUGCUCAAGCUAUAUGGCCUUCCCUUCAGAACAAUCAAGAAAUCAUACAAACAGCGGUCCCAAACCAAGGAGGUAUUGGAGAGUGGUAUUACAUUGGAUUAGAGUUUUGCUGCACGUAUGUACUUCGCCACCUUUUAUUACCCACAAUUCAUUGUGAAAAAAACGAAGGAAUCGAUUGAACUCUAUGGAAAACAUGUAAAGUGGCGGUAAAGCUGACUUUUAUCGAACUAAAGACCUGAAGACUGACAGGCUAACAAGGCGUAGCAAGGUACGCUUAAGCUUUGUCAGUACUUAAACGCAUUUUAGACAGGCUGUCAGAAAUUUAGUUUACCCUGGAGAUCGCAUUACCACUCAAUACGAAUUGACGAAUGCAGAUAAACAGGGUAUAUAAUGUUACAUGGAAUGUUGAACGAGGCCAAGCUGGGAUACAGGCUGGUGAAAUAAAUUUCUCUGAUAGAUCUGUGUUCGAUCCCCAGGAACAUCGAAAGUGGCUUGGCGCACUCUCAUUUGCCAUAUAAAGUAAUAGUCCAAGGAUGCAUUUUACUAAUAGAAAGAAUCAAAAGCGACUCCUGCUGGUCAAGGCCCUUUCAAUAAAGUAGGUAGCUGAAUUACAUCCCUGUGGCCUUCGAGGUGGCUAACCAUCUCUAGGCACUCUUUGCAAUUGAACCACAAAGAGGAAGCACCUGGGAUUUUGGCCCAGUUCAAUGGGAUCAAAUUGGUAUAAAAGCCGACACAACCAGAAGUGAUUGGUGUUCUAGGUAUGUCUCUAACAUUCCUUCUUUCUCUCCCCCUCUCUUUGCCCAUAUCCUCUGGGAACUUUAUCUACUCAACGAUUAUAAUCAAUGUCACGUACUAGUAACCUACAGACCUACUAACAACACCAACUUCAAGCACUAUCUCGACACUCCCGCUGUUUCUAUCUCUGGCUCUCAAGUCCAUUGCAAGUACUGCUCUCUUAUCCUUGGAGAUAGGACACCACCCACAGCACCAUCGUCCCCCGAAGCAACCUCUCACAUCGAGCCUGGUCUUACACCCAAGCUGGUAUUUUUACCCCUACCACAGUUUCCAGGGCCAUAGUCAAUGUCUACCACUGGGAAUCACCACUUACCACCAGUACUCCAAGCUUGCCGAGCCCGGCAAUCCACUCGCCUCUACACUCUCGAACGGAGCUCCAGAUCCUUCCUACUCCUCCCUAUCGGCAUUCUGAGAAUCUGCUAAUAAUUUCUACAACUCCUACAACUCAGUCAAGAUGUCCGAAUAUACUAUCGCUGUAGAAGCUAGUCUGCUGAAGAGCUUCUACGUAACCAUUACUUUCACAACUGUGGAUGGUGAUAAUGUAUUAAUGACUGUUAGGACUAAUAAUUGCAAUUCAGUAUCAUCCGCAUUCACAGCAACAAAACAUGGUAAUAAUAUGGGAAACGUGACAGGCAAUGUUACAAGUGCGAAUGGUGGGGAUAAUGAUGAUCGUGCGCCUACGCAAAUGUUUCCACUUACUAUUGCGUGGAUGGCAGCCAUGCUCGUAGUGAUAUGCGUGUUGGAAAUAGGUGCAGGUAUCUGAAUUAUUGAAGGACAUUAGAUAGGCCAAAAAAUGAGGGUCUUUUAAUCCGAAAUUGAGAUUAAAGCUAGUGGUAUUUUAGAUUGACCGAGAGGUUGAGAUGCUAUAGUCCGUGGAAUUGAAAUUGGAAAUAGUAAUGUUAGAUCUGUUGGAUAAAAUUACUUGGAAUUGUCGCACAGAAAUUGGAAUUAGAGCCUAGAUUUCCUGCGACAUCGUUGAUACAUCGAAGUAUAGACCCUAU